AUGGACGGUCAGGACGAGGUGUCCGCGCGGGAGCAGCACUUCCACAGCCAAGUGCGGGAGUGCACGAUAUGUUUUCUUCUUUUUGCCAUUCUGUACAUCGUUUCCUACUUCAUCAUCACAAGGUACAAGAGAAAAUCAGAUGAACAAGAAGAUGAAGAUGCCAUAGUCAACAGGAUUUCGUUGUUUUUGAGCACCUUCACUUUAGCAGUUUCAGCUGGGGCUGUUUUGCUUUUACCCUUCUCAAUAAUCAGCAAUGAAAUCCUGCUUUCUUUUCCUCAAAACUACUAUAUUCAGUGGCUAAAUGGCUCCCUGAUUCAUGGUUUGUGGAAUCUUGCGUCUCUCUUUUCCAACCUUUGUUUAUUUGUGUUGAUGCCCUUUGCAUUUUUCUUUCUGGAAUCAGAAGGAUUUGCUGGCCUGAAAAAGGGGAUACGAGCCCGCAUCUUGGAAACUCUGGUCAUGCUGCUGCUGCUGGCAUUACUGAUUCUUGGGAUAGUGUGGGUGGCUUCAGCACUGAUUGACAACGAUGCUGCAAGCAUGGAAUCUUUAUAUGACCUCUGGGAGUUCUACCUACCCUAUUUAUAUUCCUGUAUAUCAUUGAUGGGAUGUUUGUUACUUCUCUUGUGUACACCAGUUGGCCUUUCCCGCAUGUUCACAGUAAUGGGCCAGUUGCUAGUGAAGCCAGCAAUUCUUGAAGACCUGGAUGAGCAAAUUUAUAUAAUUACCCUAGAAGAAGAAGCACUCCAGAGACGGCUAAAUGGUCUGUCUUCAUCGGUGGAAUACAACAUAAUGGACUUGGAACAGGAACUUGAAAAUGUAAAGGCCCUUAAGACAAAACUAGAGAGGCGAAAAAAGGCUUCAGCAUGGGAAAGAAAUUUGGUGUAUCCCGCUGUUAUGAUUUUACUUCUUAUUGAGACAGCUAUCUCGGUCCUACUGGUGGCCUGUAAUAUUCUCUGCCUGCUGGUUGAUGAAACAGCAAUGCCGAAGGGAGCAAGGGGGCCUGGAAUAGGAAAUGCCUCUCUCUCUACAUUUGGUUUUGUGGGAGCUGCACUUGAAAUCAUUUUGAUUUUCUAUCUUAUGGUGUCUUCUGUUGUCGGUUUCUAUAGUCUCCGAUUUUUUGGAAACUUUACACCCAGGAAGGAUGACACAACUAUGACAAAGAUCAUUGGUAAUUGUGUAUCAAUCUUAGUCUUGAGCUCUGCUCUACCUGUGAUGUCAAGAACUCUGGGAAUCACGAGAUUUGAUCUACUUGGAGACUUUGGAAGGUUUAAUUGGCUGGGGAAUUUCUAUAUUGUAUUAUCCUACAAUUUGCUCUUUGCCAUUGUGACAACAUUGUGUCUGGUCAGAAAAUUCACCUCUGCUGUACGAGAAGAACUUUUCAAGGCCCUAGGGCUUCAUAAGCUUCACUUAUCAAAUACUUCAAGGGAUUCAGAAUCAACCAAACCUUCUGCAAAUGGGCACCAGAAGGCACUGUGAGACCCGCAAUGGGUGCCACUCUGCAAUCAGGAGCCCCAGGGACUCCAGACUCAGGCCAUUCCUGUCAACGCAGAGCACUUCAUACCGACUUUGGUCUGUGUGUAGGGACUGG